AUGGAAGGGAUAGAUCAAGAGCUUCAUUAUGAGGUAUCUGAGGGUAAUUUAAAACGAGUAAAACAGUUGAUCAAACGUGGUGCUGAAAUAAACCGAACAGAUCAAGACGGAAACACAAGUUUACAUGUCGCUGUGCAGAGCAACCAGGUUAACAUCAUUGAAUACCUUAUUAAACGCGGUGCUGACUUGGAAAAGGUGACCACGUAUGGACACACACCCUUACAUCUCGCUGCUUCGCACGGACGUCUACAAGCAACAAAAGUUAUACUCGGUCAUGGAGCGAGCAUUGACAAAAUAAAUAAAGAGGGACAAUCUGCAUGUCACAUCGCUAUAAUUAAGGGAAAGCUUGAUGUUGUGCGAUACUUAAUCACCAAGGGGGCAAAGAUCUACCAUGAAGCCACCGUGGCAGAAGACUCACUCCUACAAAUUGCAGCAGCAUACGGCGCAAUGGAUAUAAUGGAAUACCUAAUUGGUCAAGGAAUUCAGGUAAACCAGGAGAAUGCUGAAGGUUCGACUGCAUUACACAUUGCUGCAAAAAAUGGUCAUCUUGAUGUUACCACAUAUCUUGUCAGUAAAGGAGCUGAAGUGGAAAAAGAAGAUAAUAGAGGAAAAACAUCUUUACAUUGGGCUGUUAAGUUUGGCCAUCUGGAAGUUGUCAGAUAUCUGAUCUCUCAAGGAGCUAAGGUGAAUAAGGCCAAUAAGCAAGGUUGGACAGUAUUGCACCUUGCUGCUGGGGCGGGUCAUCUUGAGGUUGCAAAGCAUCUUAUUCUUCGUAGAGCCGAUGUGAAUAAAAGAAGUGAGAGCGGCAUGACUGCUUUACUCAGUGCUGCUCAUAAGGGUCAUGUGGACGUCAUCAAAUAUCUGAUUAGUCAAAAAGCUGAGAUAAAUGUAAAAGCUAAAAGCGGUUUCAUGGCAGUACACAUCGCGUCGGAAAUGGGUCAUCUUGAUGUCGUUAAGUACCUGUUAAGUCAAGGAAUUGGAGUAGAUACAUGUGAUGAUUCUGGGUAUACGCCAUUGCAUUUAGCAAUUCGAAAUGGUAAAACCGAUCUCUCAAAGUGUCUUAUCAAUCUUGGUGCUAAUGUGAACACGGGUGAAAAUUAUGGUUCGACACCAUUGCAUCUCGCGGCUGAGAUUGGUAAUCUCGACAUUACCAAAUAUCUGAUCAGCAAAGGCGCUGAGGUGAAUAGCAGAGACAAUGAGUUUACCACUGCGUUACACAUUGCUUGCAAAAAUGGCGAUCUUAAUAUUGCCAAGUAUCUGAUCGAUCAGGGAGCUGAUACGAAGAAGAGAAAAAAUAACGGUCAGACCUCGCUCCUAGUUGCUGCUCAAGGGAAUCACUUGCAUGUCGUUGAAUAUCUGAUCAAUCAGAGAGUCGGGUUAAACACACAAGACAAACAUGGCUUUACUGCGCUACAUCUUGCUGCUCAGGCAGGUAAUUUCGACAUCACCAAACAUCUGAUCCUUAAAGGGGCUGAAGUCAAUAAGGCUAAAUAUGAUGGUUUUACAGCAUUACACAGUGCCGCUGAGAAUGGUUGUCUUGAUGUCACUAAAUAUCUAAUUGAUCAUGGAGCUGAAGUAAACCAUACUGACAAUAGAGGUUUGACGGCAUUGCACACUGCUGUUGAGGGUGGUAGUGUUCAUAUUGCGGAAUAUAUAACAGCUAAAGGAGCCCAUUUGAAUAUGAGAAACAAUUCUGGUGAGACAGCAUUACACAUUGCAGCUAAGAAUAAUGAUCUGGAUCUCACGAAAUUUCUGAUGAGUCAAGGAGCCGAUGUGAAUACUAGAGAUAACGACAAUCGCACUGCAUUGCAAUAUGCUUGGACGAAGGGUUUUCGUGAUGUCUUUGACUAUCUGAUCAGUCACAAAGCCGAUGUGAAUAAGGAACACAAUAACACCCACAAUGCAUUGGAAGAUACUGAUGCUAAGAAUAGUCAUCUUGAUAACACAAAACAUCUUAUUAGUCACGAAGCUCAAGUAAGUAAUGGGGAUUAUGUUGACAGGAGGGCCUUAGACACUGGAGCUGGAUUCAAUAAUGAACUUUAUUUUGUCUGGAAUGACUUACACAACGGAGCUAGAGUCAAUAAUGAGUAUGUUACCUUCAAUGAAUUACACACUGGAGCAAGAGUCAAUAAUGAAGAGUAUGUUCCCUUCAAAUACUUACUCACUGGAGCUAGAGUCAAUAAUGAAGAGUAUGUUCCCUUCAAUGACUUACACACUAGAGCUAGAGUCAAUAAUGAAGAGUAUGUUCCCUUCAAUGACUUACACACUAGAGCUAGAGUCAAUAAUGAAGAGUAUGUUCCCUUCAAUGACUUACACACUAGAGCUAGAGUCAAUAAUGAAGAGUAUGUUCCCUUCAACAUGUUCAAUGACUUACACACUGGUUGGUGUUCCUUACACACUGCGGCUGAACACAAUGAUCUCAUAGGUGAAGAAUCUCAAGUCAAUAAAGGAGACAAUUACGGCUCGACUGCACUACACGAUGCUUCUCUUCAAGGUCAUUUAUAUGUCGUUCAUUGUCUGAUUUGGCAGGGAGUUGACGUAAAUACGGGAGACAUCGAUGGCAAUAGUGCUUUACACUUCGCUGCUUUCAAUGGCCAUCUUGAUGUCACCGUGUAUCUUCUUAACCAGGGCGCUGAAGUAAAUAAAGAAGCUGAGAAUGGGAAUACUGCAUUACACUAUGCUGCUUGGAGAGGUCAUCUAGCUGUCAUGAAAUAUCUUACUAAAUAUUCCAAUCAAGAGGUUGCUGUAUAUGAAAACAUAAAACCUCAUGACCCGCCUUCGCAUCAAGAGAGUCAUGCUGGCGUCACUGAGUAUGUUUUGCGCAGUGCAGACGUGAAUAAAGUAAACAAGGAAGGUAGAACUGCCUUACACUUUGCUGCUGAGAAGGGCCGUACUGACGUCGCGGAGUACCUACUUACUCAAGGAGCUGGCGUGAAUGAAGGAGACAAUGGUGGCUGGACAGCAUUACACUUUGCUGUUCAGAAUAGGCACUUUGAUCUGGUUAAAAUUCUGUUAGAAGGAGGGGCACGUACUGACGCAGAAGAUAUUUACGGACAGACAUCUCUACAGUUGUCUCAGUUACUUGGGUACAAAGACAUCACUGAUCUUCUCACCAGCGGCUGCACAUCAGAGGUGAGCCAAGUUGAAGUGCUGGACAUACAACAUGCCAUUGAACACGGUCACACCCCCUCCAUUGAGAAGAUAGUUUCAAGUGGAACUGAUCUCAAUGCCCAGUCUACUGACGGUCAGACGUGUCUUCACAAAGCCAUCAAAUUGUGCUACAAGACUGGGGUAACUGUGGAAAGAAGUGCCACGCUAAAAAGGAUUUCGGAUGAGUUUUACGAUGGAAAACUAUCUCCUGAGAUGGCCCUCGUGUUUUAUCUCCUGGAGAACGGAGCUAGGACAGAUGUGGAGGAUGCAGAGGGCAACUUACCGAUCCAGUAUGCCAAAGAUGAGGUGGUCAGACAGAUGAUUUUGUCCAGAUUGACUUCAUUGGAGGACAUCAAAUCAUACCGAGAAAUUGGACCCGCACCAUCAGUAAAGUCCAUUGAGAUCGGAGCUGAUGACACUUUGGAAAAAGCACUAGACGAUCAUGGCGUAUCAGUGAUCAUUCCGUCAGAUGCCAUUCAUCAGGAUCACUCACGUCGGAUCACCGUAACCCUUUUAGAACACCCUUCAUGUCUAGAUGUUCAGGAAGAUGAAUCAUUGGCAUGCUGUGGUAUCAAGUGUGAUCCUGGAAAUAUGAUCUUCAAUAACUCCGUGAUGAUCAGAAUUCCACAUUGUUUCUCCGUUAUCAACCCAGAUCAAAUACGACCAGAUAUCGUCUGCCAUGAAUGGGAUUCAGUGAACGAUCUCCCAAAUACGUCAAGGAGGAGAUCAUCCACCUCACCAGACAGACCACCACACUGUAGAGUGUAUGGUAGACAUCUUGAGCUUUACAUUGACCGCUGUGCCGAGUGGUGGGUUCUUAUUCCCCUUGAGCAACAGUUGGUCCGACAGAAGAUUAUUUGUACGCCAUACAUUCCGGACAAGAUAGAUAAAGGCAAGAAGAUCGAUGUUCAUCUCCAUCUGCAUGCAAACAUUCCAGGAAUGGAAGCGGAUGCAGAAGAGGAGGAAAGGAAACAAUCAUAUCACAAGGCCCAUCCAUCUGUUCCUAUCAACGUAGCAACAAAGUCUGGAGACCUUGUUAAGAUAGAGGUUGGAGAGGUCGGACGUGUUUUAAAAGUGCUCUGA